GGAGCCGCCAGAUGGCACCAGUUGCGAUAGCUAGUAAAUAUCGAAUUUAGGCGCUCUUAGUAACUCUAGUCCUAGUCCGUGAUCGAGGGUUCCCUAACCUCCGUGUACUAUAAACAUUUAUGUACAAACAAUUUACAAAUAUUUCUCUUUAUUUUGAAAAGUGAUAAAGGCUUUUGCAAUAAAUAUGAGGAUCGCUAUCGAAGGCUGUGCUCAUGGGGAACUUGACAGAAUUUACGGAGCGAUUGCCGAAGUUGAGAAAAAUGAUGGAAAGAAGGUAGAUUUACUUAUUUGUUGCGGAGAUUUUCAGUCUACCCGAAACUUGAGCGAUUUGGAAUGUAUGGCCGUUCCUAAAAAGUAUAGAACGAUGUGUUCUUUUUAUAAGUACUACUCUGGUGAAAAAGUUGCACCGGUAUUAACGCUCUUUAUUGGUGGAAAUCAUGAAGCGUCUAAUUAUCUACAGGAAUUACCUUACGGAGGAUGGGUAGCUCCGAAUAUUUAUUAUCUUGGAUACGCUGGUGUGGUGUCAAUUGCUGGUGUAAGAAUCGCAGCACUGUCAGGAAUUUAUAAGGGCAAUGAUUAUUUGCAAGGUCAUCACGAAUUUCCACCUUAUUCAAGAGAUACAAUUCGUAGUGUUUAUCAUGUUAGGAAUCUUGAAGUGUUUAGGUUAAAACAGCUCUCAGGCAAUAUUGAUAUUUUCCUAUCACAUGAUUGGCCAAGGGGCAUAACGCAAUAUGGAGACGAGAUGGAGUUGUUGAAGAGGAAAUUCUUUUUAACGUCUGAUGUUAAAGCAAAUGUUUUGGGAAGUCCACCAAAUAUGGAACUCUUAAAGCUCCAUUACCCAUCUUAUUGGUUCUCGGCACAUUUGCAUUGCAAGUUUGCAGCCCUAGUGCCCGAGGAAGGGGGUACGAGAGCGACAAAAUUUUUAGCAUUAGAUAAAUGUCUUCCAAAAAGGAAAUUUCUUCAAAUUCUUGAAAUUCCACACGAUGAGAAGUCUGCGCUUAAACUUCAUUAUGACCUAGAAUGGUUGACGAUACUGUAUGCAACAAAUCAUUUACUAGCUGUUAGAUAUGGUACGCAUUAUAUGCCUGGUCCAAACGACAGCGAUAGUUCUGCUUGCAUCCCAACAAAAGACAAAAUGGACGCAGUACUGAAAAAAUUUAACAACGACCUACAAAUUCCUAUAAACUUCAAGCAAAGCGUAGAAGCUUAUUGUCCCAUGGAACGAAAUUGUCACCCAAAGCUACCGUGCUUGCACAUCAAUGAACAAACUACAUGGUUCUGUAAUACAUUAGGUGUGGACGAUCCAUUAGCAUUAUUGCAAAUAAUGCACAACUUGAACAGAUCCGAUGGUAACGAAUCGAUUACGAGAUCAGUCUUCGACGACACUCUCGAAUCUCGAGACACUUCGUCGGCAUCCGACGAAGACAUCGAGACCACCUUUGAUUCCACAAUGGACGAAAGUAUCUCAUUUACUUCCGUUCCUACCCUAUCUCAAUUAAACCUGCCCUCCCCAAAUUAUGACAACGCUACAAGUGGCAUGGACGACUCUAUGUCCGAUCUAAAGGAAACAAAUCCUGUGACAGUCACCGAAUUAAGUAAAGACUUUGUAGAACUCGCAGAGCCUAACACCCCACCCCAAGAAACCAUAAGCUUUAAGUCGACAACCGAGCCCGACUGCAAGAAGUUUAAGCGGCGGAACCACAACAUCUACUCCACGACGAUCUGAACCGUAACCGAAGUGGUGCAAAUUCUGAUGCACAGCUAUCUCUGUCCAAAAUCAAUUUACGAUGUAUAUAUUUUCAAUUUAGGAACCCUCUCUACAGAGGCCGAGCAAUUAGAAUUACUGCCGAAGGGACGGUAUAAUACAGUAUACACUAUUUUUCUA